AUGAAUUUGGAUAUUCGCCAUGAUCCUUUCAGUGAUGAUUCCAUGGAAUUUCCUAUAACUCUAGAAGAGGUGGACUCUCUCGAAGCCAUCGUAAUCAUCGACAAUGAGUUGGAUCCGCUUUCGCCCCCAGCUCCGGAAACUGUCAAUGUCUCGGGGAAUCUGGGGGCAAUUGCCAUGGGCUCGAAGCAUACAUUGACAGACCGCGGGGAAGCCUGCAAGGAAUUGAGGCUAGAAGAUGUCUGCUGCGCAGCACAUGGCUUGUCGAUUUUGGUGACUGCUACCAAAGGCGACACGAAACAUGCCAUUCUCUUUGAUGCUGGUCCUGAAGAGGAGGCUUGGGAGAGAAAUGUGAAGCGGUUACGACCGAAUCUUUUCUCGGUGGAGGUGAUUCAUUUGUCGCAUUGGCAUCGAGAUCACUCCGGUGGUCUUCUGCGAGCAAUCCGCAUGAUAAACGAUGCCAAACGAGUCGAGGGCAGCUCUGAGGACCUCGUCGCAGACUUGCACCCCGACCGACCGGCCUACAGAGGCAUAGCUCUCCCCGAGCAUGUCAUUUCUCUCGAGGCUGACCCUACCUUCGAGGAGAUAGAAGGUGCAGGUGCGGUGGUCGACAAGCGGAGCGAGCCACACACCGUCCUUGAUGACUUCUUUCUUGUCUCCGGGGAGAUUCCACGAGUAACGCCGUACGAGACAGGUCUGAAGCAUGCAGUGCGAUAUGACCCUGAUGAGAAUGACUGGUUCUCUGACGAAGGCAUCGUUGAUGAGCGCUCUCUCAUCUGCAACCUCAAAGGUAUCUGCCUCCCAAACCCCGCUCCUAGGUUCAACAAUCUAACAUAUUCUUCAGGGAAGGGGCUUGUGGUUUUCACUGGAUGUAGCCACGCUGGUGUAGUCAACACCACCAAACACGCCGUCGAGCUCACCGGCGGAUCGGUGCCAAUCCACGCCGUUGUCGGUGGAUUUCAUCUCGCCACCAGCGACGCGGACCGCAUCCAAAACACUAUAGUCGAUCUCCAACGGCUCGAUCCUGCCGUGCUCAUGCCGGGUCACUGUUCUGGCUGGCGAGCCAAGUUUGCAAUUGAGACACACAUGCCCGGGUCAUUAGUGCCCUGCACUGUAGGAUCCAGAAUCACAUUCUGA